CCCGCAGCCCCGCCGCCCCGCCGCCCCGGCCGCCGGCCGCGCCGGAGACAUGUCUCUGCUCUGCGUCGGAGUCAAAAAAGCCAAGUUUGAUGGUGCCCAAGAGAAGUUCAACACGUACGUGACCCUGAAGGUGCAGAACGUGAAGAGCACCACGGUGGCCGUGCGCGGCAGCCAGCCCAGCUGGGAGCAGGACUUCAUGUUUGAGAUCAACCGCCUGGAUUUGGGGCUGACUGUGGAGGUGUGGAACAAGGGUCUCAUCUGGGACACGAUGGUGGGCACCGUGUGGAUCCCGCUGCGGACCAUCCGCCAGUCCAAUGAGGAGGGCCCCGGAGAGUGGCUCACGCUGGACUCCCAGGUCAUCAUGGCGGACAGCGAGAUCUGCGGCACCAAGGACCCCACCUUCCACCGCAUCCUCCUCGACACGCGCUUCGAGCUGCCCCUGGACAUCCCCGAAGAGGAGGCCCGCUACUGGGCCAAGAAGCUGGAGCAGCUCAAUGCCAUGCGGGACCAGGACGAGUACUCCUUCCAAGACGACCGCGACAAGCCUCUGCCCGUCCCCAGCAACCAGUGCUGCAACUGGAACUACUUCGGCUGGGGCGAGCAGCAGAACGAUGACCCCGACAGUGCCGUGGAUGACCGAGACAGCGACUACCGCAGCGAGACGAGCAACAGCAUCCCGCCCCCCUACUACACGACGUCGCAACCCAACGCCUCCGUCCACCAGUAUUCCGUCCGCCCCCCGCCCCUGGGCUCCCGGGAAUCCUACAGCGACUCCAUGCACAGUUACGAGGAGUUCUCCGAGCCAAGGGCCCUCAGCCCCACGGGCAGCAGCCGCUACGCCUCCUCGGGGGAGCUGAGCCAGGGCAGCUCGAAGGAGGCAGGAGUGGGUAUGCAUCCUGCCCUAGGGAGAGGGGAAGUGGUGACCACACUGACCAUGUCUGUCUGUCCGUCUGUCCUGCAGGCCCGGGGAGAAGGGGAGAUGUCCAAAUCCCUGUGGUUCAAAGGCGGCCCCGGGGGCGGCCUCAUCAUCAUCGACAGCAUGCCAGACAUCCGCAAGAGGAAGCCCAUCCCGCUCGUGAGCGACCUGGCCAUGUCCCUGGUGCAGUCCAGGAAAGCGGGCAUCACCUCAGCCUUGGCCUCCAGCACGCUGAACAACGAGGAGCUGAAAAACCACGUUUACAAGAAGACCCUGCAAGCCUUAAUCUACCCCAUCUCGUGCACGACGCCGCACAACUUCGAGGUGUGGACGGCCACGACGCCCACCUACUGCUACGAGUGCGAGGGGCUGCUGUGGGGCAUCGCGCGCCAGGGCAUGCGCUGCACCGAGUGCGGCGUCAAGUGCCACGAGAAGUGCCAGGACCUGCUCAACGCCGACUGCCUGCAGCGUGCGGCGGAGAAGAGCUCCAAGCACGGGGCGGAGGACCGGACGCAGAACAUCAUCAUGGUGCUCAAGGACCGCAUGAAGAUCCGGGAGCGCAACAAGCCCGAGAUCUUCGAGCUCAUCCAGGAGAUCUUCGCGGUCACCAAGAGCGCGCACACGCAGCAGAUGAAGGCGGUGAAGCAGAGCGUGCUGGACGGCACGUCCAAGUGGUCGGCGAAGAUCAGCAUCACCGUGGUCUGCGCCCAGGGCUUGCAGGCGAAGGACAAGACGGGGUCCAGCGACCCCUAUGUCACGGUCCAGGUCGGCAAGACCAAGAAGCGGACAAAAACCAUCUACGGGAACCUCAACCCCGUGUGGGAGGAGAAUUUCCACUUCGAGUGUCACAACUCCUCCGACCGCAUCAAGGUGCGCGUCUGGGACGAGGACGACGACAUCAAAUCCCGCGUGAAGCAGAGGUUCAAGAGGGAGUCCGACGACUUCCUGGGCCAGACGAUCAUCGAGGUGCGCACGCUCAGUGGCGAGAUGGACGUGUGGUACAACCUGGAUUGUCCCCCGCCAAAACGGCCAGGCUGCGUCACCCCCCCCGGGAACGAGCUGCCAGGCCCUGCUUCCCGUCGGGACCAUGGGCACGGGUUCGAGGAGUGCCCCGCCCCCAGAACCCCUCCUCUCGCGCCCGCACCCCCUCAGGCCGCCGCCCCCCAGAACCUUCCUUCUCACUACCAGGUUGUACCAACACGUGCCAUCUCGCCAGCUGAGCGGGCGCACCUCGAUGAUCUGGUCUGCGCCCAGGGCUUGCAGGCGAAGGACAAGACGGGGUCCAGCGACCCCUACGUCACGGUCCAGGUCGGCAAGACCAAGAAGAGGACAAAAACCAUCUACGGGAACCUCAACCCCGUGUGGGAGGAGAAUUUCCACUUCGAGUGUCACAACUCCUCCGACCGCAUCAAGAGGUUCAAGAGGGAGUCCGACGACUUCCUGGGCCAGACGAUCAUCGAGGUGCGCCCCGUCGAGUGGCGAAAAUGGACGCUGUGUACACCUGGGGCGGGAUGCAGACGGACGGAAGACGGCGAGCGCCUGGCGAUGGAUGGCAGCCGGUGGGUGGAUGGCGCGGAUGAUGGAGUGAUGGAUGACGGGAGGCGGUAUGGGGGCCCAACGCUUCCCGCUCGCCCCGCCAGCCACUUCGCCUGCCUCUCCUCCAAGUACAUGUGCCCGGGGGUGCCGGCCGUCAUGAGCACCCUGCUGGCCAACAUCAACGCCUACUACGCGCACACCACCGCCUCCGCCAACGUGUCUGCCUCCGACCGCUUCGCUGCCUCCAACUUCGGGAAAGAGCGCUUCGUGAAACUGCUGGACCAGCUGCACAACUCCCUGCGCAUCGACCUCUCCAUGUACCGGAACAACUUCCCGGCCAGCAGCCCCGAGCGCCUGCAGGACCUCAAGUCCACCGUGGACCUCCUCACCAGCAUCACCUUCUUCCGCAUGAAGGUACAAGAGCUCCAGAGCCCGCCCCGAGCCAGCCAGGUGGUGAAGGACUGCGUGAAGGCCUGCCUCAACUCCACCUACGAGUACAUCUUCAACAACUGCCACGAGCUCUACAGCCGGGAGUACCAGACGGACCCGUGCCCGGUGCCCCGCGUGAGUACCCUGCCCGAGUACCCCGCGUGGUUCGAACCCUUCGUCAUACAGUGGCUGGAUGAGAACGAGGAAGUGUCCCGGGACUUCCUGCACGGCGCCCUGGAGCGAGACAAAAAGGACGGGUUCCAGCAGACCUCGGAGCACGCGCUGUUCUCCUGCUCGGUGGUGGACGUCUUCUCCCAGCUCAACCAGAGCUUCGAGAUCAUCAAGAAGCUCGAGUGCCCCGACCCCCAGAUCGUGGGGCACUACAUGAGGCGCUUUGCCAAGACCAUCAGCAACGUGCUGCUGCAGUACGCGGACAUCGUCUCCAAGGACUUCGCCUCCUACUGCUCCAAGGAGAAGGAGAAAGUGCCCUGCAUCCUGAUGAACAACACGCAGCAGCUGCGGGUGCAGCUGGAGAAGAUGUUCGAGGCCAUGGGCGGGAAGGAGCUGGACGCCGAGGCCAGCGACAUCCUGAAGGAGCUGCAGGUGAAACUCAACAACGUCCUGGACGAGCUGAGCCGCGUGUUCGCCACCAGCUUCCAGCCGCACAUAGAAGAGUGUGUCAAACAGAUGGGUGACAUCCUUAGCCAGGUCAAGGGGACAGGGAACGUGCCGGCCAGCGCCUGCAGCAGCGUGGCCCAGGACGCGGACAACGUCUUGCAGCCCAUCAUGGACCUGCUGGACAGCAACCUCACUCUCUUCGCCAAAAUCUGUGAGAAGACGGUGCUGAAGCGCGUGCUGAAGGAGCUGUGGAAGCUGGUCAUGAACACCAUGGAGAAGACCAUCGUGCUGCCGCCCCUCACGGACCAGACGAUGAUCGGCAACCUCUUGAGAAAACAUGGCAAGGGAUUAGAAAAGGGCAGGGUGAAAUUGCCAAGCCACUCAGACGGAACCCAGAUGAUCUUCAAUGCAGCCAAGGAGCUGGGGCAGCUGUCUAAACUGAAGGACCACAUGGUACGAGACGAAGCCAAGAGCUUGACUCCGAAGCAGUGUGCAGUGGUCGAACUGGCCCUGGACACCAUCAAGGUGAGGGGCCCUACCCCUGCCUGUCCUGGGAGGGGCAGGCCGAGGGUGCCCAUGGUGUGGACGUGGGUCUGUGCUCGCCUCCAACCCACAUUCAUUCAUCCAACGUCCCAGGUCCAGCGUCGCCCGGGCCACCAGUCGGGCAAACAUCUGCCUGGCCCGGGCCCUCCAGCCUUUCUCAUCGUCAAAAUGGGACAGUCCCAAGGAGACCUGCUUCGACCCGGCGUCCUGGCCCCCUGGGCGCGUUCCCGUCAGGGUGGAGACCUGGUGCCGCCAGCACGUGGUGGGUGGGUGGUAGUCAAGGUCCCUCCUGGUGGGGCGGAGCGAACGGAGCUCACACCGAGCACCCCCCCCCCGCCCUGCCCAGGCUCGGGUGUGGAAGACCCCGUGGGUGAAGUCUCCGUCCAUGUCGAGCUCUUCACGCAUCCGGGAACGGGCGAGCACAAGGUCACGGUGAAAGUGGUGGCUGCCAACGACCUCAAGUGGCAGACUUCUGGCAUCUUCCGGCCGUUCAUCGAGGUCAACAUCAUCGGGCCCCACCUCAGCGACAAGAAACGCAAGUUUGCCACCAAAUCCAAGAACAACAGCUGGGCCCCCAAGUACAACGAGAGCUUCCAGUUCACGCUGAGCGCCGACGCGGGCCCCGAGUGCUACGAGCUGCAGGUGUGCGUCAAGGACUACUGCUUCGCGCGCGAGGACCGCACGGUGGGGCUGGCCGUGCUGCAGCUGCGCGAGCUGGCCCAGCGCGGGAGCGCCGCGUGCUGGCUGCCGCUCGGCCGCCGCAUCCACAUGGACGACACGGGGCUCACGGUGCUGCGCAUCCUGUCGCAGCGCAGCAACGACGAGGUGGCCAAGGAGUUCGUCAAGCUCAAGUCGGACACGCGCUCCGCCGAGGAGGGCGGCGCCGCGCCUGCGCCUUAGCGCGGCGCGCGUGGGCGGGCGGGCGACACUGCGC